UUUUAAUAACGAUGAUUCUGAACAAUUUGACGAUGAAGUAGAAUCUAUUUCAAUUUCUACACAGGUUGAAUUUGAAAAAGAAUUAGAUCGUUCAAGAAGAGAGUUCAUACAAUUUAAUCAGGAAUUAGAUGAAAUUGCUCGAUCUAUGAAGCAGUUAUUUGAGGGAUCCCCUCAUUUUCUUGCAGGAAUGGAAGAAAUAAAGCAAAAACAAGAUGACAUUGAGGAAUGCAUCUUGUUGACUCAAGAAAAAAUAAUAGAAAACGAACAUCGGUUGUCAGAUUUACAAUAUCUUCAAAAUAAAGUACAUGAAGAUAUUAAUAAUGAUUUAAAAAUGAUUCAAGAACAAAUUUAUGAAAUUCUUAAAAAACAUCAGAACUCGCAUACAAGCAUAUCAAACAUUUGCAAUAAUCAAUCGAGGACUUGUGAACAACUUGAACUCAUGUUACAAGCUAUUCAUGAGUAUGCUAGGUUGAUAGAAGAAGCCAGUCUAACUAUCAAACAUUUCGCUGAUGUGUCACCAAGAAAAGAAUAUGAAUCACUUGACUUGUCACCAUUUCGUUCACAUGAGGUAUUUAUCAUGAAUUCUUCUAAUCAUACAACGAUAACUACACCAACAAGUGUUGUUACAGAUCCGUCAUCACCAAUUUCACCACCGGAUUCAAUACAACCUAAUUCAAUGGUAACAGAAUUACCACAAUAUCGACUUUUGUUCGAAAUGCGUCGAGCAGCAGUAGGAUUAAAAUUUUUAUAUUAUGCACAUAAAUUAAAUGAUUAUAAGAGCAAUUGCCCUGAUAAUGAAUGCGAACUGGGAUUAGAUUUAUAUGAGGAUCCUUUAAUAACAGAAGAAGUGCCAAAUAUUUAUAAUGGAUAUAAAAAGACAUUGGAUCAACAAAAAUAG